UUUCAGCCCCACCCUUUUGCAAUCACAAGAUCAAAAAUCUCUCUUUCUCUUUACAAUGGACUCUGGUAACGUAUUUGGAAAGAUUUUCUUUUGUUUCUGUGGAUUCCAAGGCUCCACCUGCUGCACUAUACUCUCAGUAUGGGCUGUCAUCAUGAUGUUAUGCUUGGGUGGUGCUAUGAGGCUACAAGCAGUGGCACUGUAUGAGGAUAUUAAAUUCGAUGAAGCACAUAAUAAUGCUACUCAAACAGAAAUAAAUGCUGUGAAAGCUUAUAACAACGCCUCCCUGUCCUGCUUUGUAGCGGCGUUUAUCUACCUUGCGUAUUUAGCAUUUUCAGGGACGAUGAUGGCCGUGAAUUUCAUGAGAAGCAAGUCAGAGAAAAGAGCAAAGUCAUAUUAAUUAAAGAAUUAUUAUUAUUAUUAUUAUUAUUUAGCUGUUAAUCUUGUGUACAAUUAUUAUUAUUAUCCAUCUCUCUAUCUAAUAUUGUGUCUGUGUGCAUCUUAUCUUGGUCAUGGUUUACAUUGUAGUAUUCUUCUCUUCUCUGUGUCUGUAUCUCUCUGUCAGUGUUUUAUUUGAAAAAAGUACAAAUUAGUAUGUUA